AACCGUGAAAGGUGCUAGCUUUUGAGGUUUGAGCUCGCCUUCUCCGGUGGCCGCCCCGCCGGCGAUCUCUCCGCCGCCUCACAUUUAUGGCUUUUGCUUUCUUGCUCCUGGUGCUUCUCUAACUCCUGAUCUCGAGAUUUCGUUUUCGCUUUUUGUUGUGUUUGAUCUCGUUUGGGUGGGUGACGAAGGAACGAGAGACGGAGACUAAGGUUGAAGUUCCUGCAUUCGAUGGAAUGUUAGGAUCAGAUUCAGCCUUCAUUUGAUCUUGGAAGUGAAUCGGGGGACAGAUGUUUAGGAAGAACGAUUCGGCCUUGUCCUGCUUUUAUCUGUUCCUUCUUUGGUUCUUCUUCCUCAAGGAGUGAAUAAGAAUCUGGUCGAUAACCUGUGUGGAGCUCUUGGAGACCAGGAGGAAAUCGGACGCGGUUACUUCGGAGAGCAUCGAUCGAUGUUCGACCUAAACUUGGCGUCGUCUGUCUCGGCGACAGAUGGGAAGACCAUCGUCGUCGAUUCGGGCGGAGCCGCGCCGGCGGAUGAUUCCAGGAGUUCCAACUCGUCCAUCCUCAGCGUCGAGUCUCCCGUCGAUCUGGCCCAUGGCAACUCCAGCUCGACCCUGCCGGCGUCUACCUUCCAGUUUAGCAUCUUGAAGAGCACCUUCAAGGAUGAUCGGCUAGUCCAACCCGGAUUAUUCACCAGGCAGCUGUUUCCGCCGGCGCAGGCGAUUUCGCAAACUACGAAGUUCAUCGAUGCGGCUACCGCUCCUCCUUUCUCGUGUCCCUCCAUGCCGCACUCAAUGAAUCUUUCGUUCUCCAAAUACAAGCCAUCGCGGAUCGAUUCUAGAGUUCUCAAACCGCAACAGCAAGCGAAGAAGAGUCGCCGGGGGCCGCCGUCUCGGAGCUCUCAGUACCGGGGCGUUACCUUCUACCGGCGAACAGGAAGAUGGGAGUCGCACAUCUGGGACUGCGGCAAACAAUUAUAUUUGGGAGGCUUCGACACAGCUCAUGCUGCUGCAAGGGCUUACGAUCGCGCUGCAAUCAAAUUUCGAGGAGUUGGUGCUGAUAUCAACUUCACUCUUUGUGACUACGAAGAGGAUCUGAAACAGAUGAUGAAUUUGUCAAAGGAAGAAUUUGUGCAUAUUCUUCGUCGUCAAAGCUCUGGAUUCUCGAGGGGAAGCUCAAAAUAUAGAGGAGUGACCCUUCACAAGUGCGGUCGCUGGGAAGCUCGCAUGGGACAGUUCCUUGGCAAGAAGUAUGUAUAUCUUGGACUAUUCGACAGCGAAAUUGAAGCUGCAAGGGCUUACGACAAGGCUGCUAUAAAGUAUAGUGGGAAGGAAGCUGUUACCAAUUUCGAGCCAAGCAACUAUGAAGAACUACAUCGUAUGGACGAUAAUGAAGGUCAUAUUGUGGAUCUGAACUUGAGUAUUGCCCAACCUGUUGUCCAAAUUCCAGGGGGGAUUCAUAAUCCACCGGCUACUACACCUUCUGAAGCUUCCAAUGCCGGCAAAUCAGAUAUUUAUCUUUCUCGUCAAGUGGUAUCGACUCCUACCUCACCUGAUCCGCCAGGACAUUUGCUUCUACAGACUGCUCGUUUGUAGUUCCCGAAUCAAGGAUAGAAGGAGAGUGAAGAGUUUUGUAAGGGCGAGGAUGACCGGUAGAGGCCAUCUCCAAAUAUAUAUCUCCGCACAGCUCUUGCAGCAUCAUCAGAAUUCUCUAAUCUCCAACUGAUGUCUGCUUGUCUCCUCAUGGCCCUAUCGCCUUAGACAAACCCUAAACGAACCCAUUUCUACCCUCUAAACCUCCUUCUUGGGGAUCAAAGAUUCAAAAUCAACAGGCCAAUAUGUGUAAAUAUUGAAUGAAUAAAUUGUUUGUUUGAGAGUGUUUGUUAACUGAUCUUGACUAAAUUGUCUGAGAUUGUUCUUUGAGAAGAAAAUUAGGAGACUUGUAAUAGCUCCAUUGAAGGACCAA